CAUCAUGUCCCCAUCUCUCAACUUAUGAAGGUAAAGAUAUGCCAUGUCGGCCAAUGAGUCCUAAACCACAGAGUCCACGGUCCACUUCUCAAUGCAAGAGCUUUCCUUAUCCUGGAAGAAUAUGUGCCACCUCCAUGAUCUCUCUUGGGAACACCACUGCAAUGGACAGCAGUUUGGAAGCUCCCGAGAGGCCAAAGACACUGAAACCCAGAGGUAGUCUUUUACUUUCUGUACACUCGUUGGACAGUGAAUACCAGAAGGAUGACAGUGGGAUAAGCAGUCAGUCCCAGAUCAGCUUAAACACAGCCUCUUCCAUUAGUGACAUACUCAGAGAUGAGGAGUCUAAACAUCAGUGUCAGACACCACCUGAGAAGAGGCCAAGUGAGAAAUGGGUUCCCCAUCACAAAAGGAGGCCCCCCCAGGUUCCACCAUCCCCACGCCCUCUCUCGGCCCUGGAGAGCCAAGCCCGGAGGCUUUCCUUUCUUGCUCCAGAUGAAAAAGCCAAGGAGAUUCCAGAGAGGAGAAGGAAGACACCUAAACCCCUUUAUAAGUGCUUCAGCUUCGAUGAUGUCUGGAUGGAGAGGAGCCAAAAAGGGAAGCUAGAGAAGGAGACACAGCCAGAGAGAGGAAAUGAAUUGCAGCACCUCCCAGAGCACCAGUUAAAAGCUGAGAUGGGCCCAUCUGUUUCUCCUGCCAUUGCCUUUGACGUUCUGCCACUUAAGCUGCAUCCGUUUUCCCAGAGCACUCCAACAGGCUUAGACUGUGUCGGCUGGAAGCAGCGUGUUGCUUUUCCUGUGAUCGCUGAUGGGGCGCUGGAUAAGACGGCUCUGGCAGACGACGCUGGGAGCGAGGAGGACCUGUAUGAGGACUUCCGGAGCGGCAACCACCGCUACGGCCACCCUGGUGGCGGCGGGGAGCAGCUUGCCAUCAAUGAGCUCAUCAGUGAUGGCAGCGUGGUGUAUGCAGAAGCCCUCUGGGACCAUGUCACGAUGGAUGACCAGGAGCUGGGAUUCAAGGCCGGCGAUGUCAUUGAAGUAAUGGACGCAACCAACAAGGAGUGGUGGUGGGGGAGGAUUCUGGACAGUGAAGGCUGGUUUCCAGCCAGCUUUGUACGGCUUCGAGUAAACCAGGAUGAGCCUAUGGAGGACUAUCCUCUAAAGGUGGAGGGUGGCAAAGACGACGACUCCAGCGGUGGCACCCGGCGCUUUGGGAUGGGACAGACCACCAAAGACCAAAUGAGGACCAAUGUCAUCAACGAGAUCAUAAGCACAGAGAGAGACUACAUCAAACAUCUGAAGGACAUCUGCGAGGGUUACAUUAAGCAGUGCCGCAAAAGAGCUGACAUGUUUACAGAAGAACAGCUGAAAACAAUCUUCGGGAAUAUUGAAGACAUCUACAGGUGCCAAAAGAAAUUUGUUAAAGCACUGGAAAAGAAGUUCAAUAAAGACCACCCACACUUGAGUGAGGUUGGCUCAUGCUUCUUGGAAUAUCAAACAGAGUUUCAGAUCUACUCUGAAUACUGCAACAACCACCCCAACGCCUGCAUGGAGCUGUCCCGGCUCACCAAAGUGAACAAGUACGUCUACUUCUUCGAGGCCUGCCGCCUGCUGCAGAAGAUGAUCGACAUCUCCUUGGAUGGGUUCCUGCUAACACCUGUGCAGAAGAUCUGCAAAUACCCAUUGCAACUGGCUGAACUGCUUAAAUACACCAACCCUCAGCACAGGGAUUUUAAAGACGUUGAAGCUGCCUUAAAUGCCAUGAAGAACGUUGCUCAGCUCAUCAACGAGCGCAAGCGGCGGCUGGAGAACAUUGACAAAAUUGCUCAGUGGCAGAGUUCAAUAGAAGACUGGGAGGGUGAAGAUGUCCUAGUCAGAAGCUCAGAACUCAUCUAUUCUGGGGAAUUAACCAAAAUCUCCCAUCCUCAAGCCAAGAGCCAGCAGAGGAUGUUCUUCCUUUUUGAUCACCAGCUUGUCUGCUGCAAGAAGGAUCUUCUGCGCCGGGACAUCCUUUAUUAUAAAAGUCGGAUCAACAUGGAUGAUAUGGAAAUACUGGAUGUAGAGGAUGGGAAGGACAAGGACUUCAACACCAGUGUGAAAAAUGCGUUUAAGCUGCACUGCCGAGACACAGAGGAAGUCCAUUUAUUCUGUGCAAAAAAGCCUGAGCAGAAGCAGCGCUGGCUGAAGGCGUUUGAGAGUGAAAGGAGGCAGGUUCAGCUUGACCAGGAGACUGGCUUUUCCAUCACGGAGGUGCAGAAGAAGCAGGCGAUGCUGAACGCCAGCAAGCAGCAGCCACCGGGGAAGCCGAAGGCUGUCACCCGGCCCUACUAUGACUUCCUGAUGCGGCAGAAGCACCCCACGCUGCCCACCACGCUCCCGCAGCAGCAGGUCUUCAUGCUGGCAGAGCCCAAGCGCAAGCCCUCCAACUUCUGGCAGAACAUCAGCAGGCUGACGCCCUUCCGCAAGUAGGGGC